AUGUAUCGUGUAUCUAUUACUGCCGGUACUCGAAAGCCCCCCCGUGCCAAGACCUGCCCCACGCCGGGUUUCUCGACAACGGCGAACACCGGGGACAAGCCCCGUGUUGUGUGCGACCCGCUGACACCCGGGUUUGCAAAUGGUUACAUUGGCUCCGGUAGCGGAUACCGGAGAAUUGCCAUGUUGUUUUAUCCCAUGGAUGAAAAGACCAGAAAGCUCCAGUUGCUGCCCAAACCCCCAGGAAUUCGAUAG